AGCCCUGUGUUUCACUUCCCUACGCAGUACCAAAACCGAUAGAGGCAGACCGUUAUUAUUAUUAUUAUUAUUAUUAUUACUAUUAUUAUUAUUAUUAUCAUCUACUGCACCAUGGGUCUUGCAGACACGCUAAAGCAGUGGAAUGUCUACCUCUGGGAUCGGAAAACAAUAUUUCCCGUUGUCAUCUUCUUGAUUUCUCUGGCUUGUGAGAUGAACGCCGAAGACAGCGGCAUGGAGGAGCUUACUACAGAGAAAGAGGCUGAAGAGAGCCACCGGCAGGACAGUGUUAAUUUACUAACGUUCAUCUUGUUGCUGACAUUAACCAUUCUUACCAUCUGGUUAUUUAAACACAGACGAGUCCGCUUUCUGCACGAGACGGGCUUGGCUAUGAUAUAUGGGUUGCUGGUCGGGGUGAUCCUGCGCUAUGGCAUUCCCUCCACCAGCUACCACAACAAGACGCCCCCCAGCUGUGCCCUGACGGGCCGGCCCGUGAGCACGCUGCUGCUCAACGUGAGCGGGAAGUUCUUCGAGUACACGCUGAAGGGAGAGAUCAACUCCCGGGAGAUACACAACGUGGAGCAGAACGACAUGCUGCGCAAGGUCACUUUUGAUCCAGAGGUUUUCUUCAACAUUUUACUACCGCCAAUCAUUUUCCAUGCUGGAUAUAGUCUUAAAAAGAGACAUUUCUUCAGGAACCUGGGAUCCAUCCUGGCAUAUGCUUUCUUAGGAACCGCACUGUCCUGUUUUGUUAUUGGUAAUCUCAUGUACGGUGUCGUGAAGCUGAUGCAAGCUGUAGGGCAGCUGUCUGACAGGUUUUACUACACGGACUGUCUCUUCUUUGGAGCCAUCAUUUCAGCCACUGAUCCAGUCACAGUCCUGGCUAUAUUUAAUGAACUCGGUGCAGAUGUGGACCUGUAUGCGCUCUUGUUUGGAGAAAGUGUCCUGAAUGAUGCAGUUGCCAUAGUUCUCUCAUCGUCUAUUGUAGCUUACCAGCCUUCCGGAGGGAAUAGCCACACAUUCGACGCUGCAGCCUUCUUCAAAUCGGUUGGAGUUUUCCUGGGGAUAUUCAGCGGUUCGUUUGCGAUGGGAGCUGUCACCGGAGUGGUCACUGCUCUUGUCACGAAGUUCACAAAGCUGCACUGCUUCCCCCUCCUGGAGACGGCUCUGUUCUUCCUCAUGUCCUGGAGCACGUUCCUGCUGGCCGAGGCCUGUGGGUUUACAGGGGUGGUUGCAGUGCUAUUCUGUGGAAUCACGCAGGCACAUUAUACCUACAACAACUUAUCCACUGAGUCGACCAUCAGAACAAAGCAGCUCUUUGAAGUUCUUCACUUCCUGGCUGAGAACUUCAUAUUCUCCUACAUGGGGCUGGCCCUCUUCACCUUCCAGAACCAUAUCUUCAGCCCCAUCUUCAUUGUGGGAGCCUUUGUUGCUAUCUUCAUAGGAAGGGCCUGCAAUGUCUAUCCCAUCUCCUUUGCUUUGAAUUUGGGAAGAAGGAACAAGAUUGGCUGGAAUUUUCAGCACAUGAUGAUGUUUGCAGGCCUGAGAGGAGCCAUGGCGUUCGCUCUGGCAAUCCGGGACACGGCCACCUACGCCCGUCAGAUGAUGUUCACAACGACUCUGCUCAUCGUCUUCUUCACAGUCUGGGUGUUCGGGGGGGGCACCACCCCCAUGUUGUCAUGGCUACACAUCAGCGUUGGUGACCCUACCACAUCACAGGAGGAGGAGCCCGCUGGACAGUGGAGAUACUUCAGAGUUGGUGUGGAUCCUGACCAGGAUCUUCAGGGCUGCAGUGACAGCUUCCAAGUACUGCAAGGGGACGGUUCUCAACCGGAAGGUGGAAGCAAAACCAAGCAAGAAAGUGCCUGGCUUUUCCGAUUGUGGUACAGCUUUGACCACAAUUACCUGAAGCCGAUCUUGACGCACAGCGGCCCCCCCCUGACUGCCACUCUGCCGGGAUGCUGCAGGCCUCUAGCUCGGUGCUUGACCAGUCCGCAGGCCUACGAGAACCAGGAGCAGCUGAGAGGCACGGACUCUGACCUGGUACUGAAUGACGGUGACCUCACGCUCGCGUACGGCGACACGGCCAUUACUGCCAACGGGGCCUCUGGCUCCCACUCGGCUUCCUCCGGCACGAGACCCAAGAGCACCUCCGAAGAGGCUCUGGAGCGAGAGCUCGAGAUGGGGGACCCCGAGCUGAUCCAUCGAGGCACUCGCCUGGUGUUUCCCAUUGAGGACCACGCUUGAGCUGAGCAGCGGGGACUGACUGCCUCUUGUCCCCGACAAUGAAGAAAUAAAGGAAUGCUGGUCCCAGCCAGUUAAAAACUUUCAACCUGUUUUAGAAAAGGGUAGGGUGUAAGAGAACAGCAGCAUUUCAUUCCCACCAAGCUUAAUAUGAUAGGACUGUGGCUCAUGUAUAUUGAGCAGUGAAGGAGAUACAGUAGUUGGACUUGUGACAACCUUUUUGAAAACAUGUAAAAAUAAUGAUGACACGUCCAUGUGCUCCUGUGGGUUAGAAGGCAAAGAGGAACUGUUUAACUGAGCUAGAGAUCCACAUUUCAUUUACAUUCAAGUGUCUGGCAGAAGAACGCAUUUGUGACAUCAAUCAGUCCUCCUUGUUAUUUUACAUUGCUGCUAAAAAAAAGAAAGAGACCGAGUCUCAAAGGAGGAACACCUAGCUGGUCGUGAAGCCUGGGCUGCAUUGUGAGCCUUACUGUAGUUAAUCUCUGCUAGCAAACUGGAAGCUGUACAAUGUAAGCAUGAUGCAAACCCCAUUAAUGUAACCCCCUUUUUAAUGUAACCAGUGCUGUGGCUAAUAUUACAUCAUGUUGUUAUCGGAAACUCCAUUAUUAGAUGUUCCAGAAUGUAAGAACCACAGACAUCUUCUGACCCUGCUUUUAUCCCAGCAAGUUUAAUACACUCUAUGUGCAUUAAUACAGUACAAGUCUGUGGCUAAUUUGCAACGGUUUCUGUGUAGUAAACCUGAUCAGCUGCAUACAAGAAGCAUGAGCCCAGUUCUAUAAAGCUUCAUGCAGUGCUCUGUUGUGCAAUAGCAACAACCACAAGAUACAAAGGGAACCAAUUGAUCAUGCAGCGGUCUCGGUUAAGCUUUGUCAGUCCAAGUCAGCGUCUUACUGUGUUGGGUGGAGACUUGGGAAGCCUAAUGCUGUUGUGCACUCGCCUUCCCCAUUAAAAAACCCACGGCGUUUAAAUACACUUUCAAUGCAUUGCAAUUGGCACGUCUACUGCAGGCUUGAGUUCGACUGCUGUCAGGCUGUAACUGUGGUUUAACAUCUCAAGAACUGCACUGCAAUCCCAGCUGCACACUACAGUCUACAGCCACAGUGCUCUGAAACUAACUAUGAUCUCAAAGCUGUUUACUCCAAGACGUCCAGACGGAGAAACACACCCAAUAAAGUUACUAAACCAGAUACAAUCAAGUCAGUCUUUAAUCGUACAUUUUUUAAAGUAGUCAAGGUGUUUCUGAUUGGUUUUAAAUUUGUAAUGCCUGGUUUUUCAGAUAGAAAUUGCGCUAGUGACGAAUUGGAGUAAACAGGUUUGCAAAUCUAUUCCUGUGUGGUUCUUCUGUCCUCUCUUAAAGCACUUUACAACUGGACUGCAGUCAAGUGUGACGUCAUUGUGUCUUGUUCAUUACAUGAAUAUCCUGUCUCGUCCUCAUAUAUUGCAGCGUGUUCUAGCAGCUUUUCUUUUGAACCUAGUUUUUAAUAACGUUAAUAAUCAGUGAAAGUAAAACAGUGAGGAUGAGAGCUACAUAUAUCGUACGACUAACAAUAAUUUCAAUUUGUAUAGGUGUGUGUAGAAAUGUAGGAUUGCUAAUAAUUACACAGUGGGCUCCAAAAAUAUUAGGAUAUUUUUAAUUUAGAUUUUUUUUUAUGUCUGCUUCAUGUCUGUAAACAGUAAUAUGACGUUGUUUUAAUCUUACAGAUAAUAGAAUGAAUAGACCAUUUUUUAACAUUUGCCAGUAAUAUCAGUACUACCUUACAAGAUGUACUGUAGGUGUAGUUUUCCACUUGGAUCUCUGGAAAUCACUGUAUAAUAAUCUCCAUCUCUUGUUGAUUUAUUCUUAUUGACAUUCAUGAUUUAUUUAAAGUAAUAGAGCUUUGUGAGGCCAAAGUUAUUCUAAAAGAUGAUUUAGUUUUUUAAUGGGUUACAUGUAACUUUCAUUGUUCAAUAUUUUUUUUAAAUGUGGGCCUUAGAAAUGUUGGUAAAUUCAGUGCUGUCGAAAAACCAUAGAAACUCAAUGACCCCCCUUCUGGUCAGUGGUCAUUUUUAUUGUCUUUCGUGGUAGGGCUUUGUUUUCUACAUCUCGGUAACAUUGCUGAGCAGCCAUGAAGCUUGUACUGUGUGUCUGUAGUAAAACACUUACAAUCUCUGCUACAAUCGUUGUUUCAAAUAGCUAGUAGAAGCUGCUUCUCUUGCGGUAGCACCAAUAUUGUUGGAGCCAGUCGUACAUUGCUAUACACAACCUAAUGGAUUCCAUCUUUUAGAAGGGGAUUGUCCUUUGGGUAGAGUUGGCUAACUCCUGAUAGCGAGAGUUAGGUUUAGGACUGUGCAGUCAAUUUGUCUAUAGCUGCCUAUACAAUGUUUUGUUGUCUGGUAUUCAUGUGGGAACCACCAGCCCCUCUCCCAGCAAACAAUUCCGAACCCUCUUCUUAUUCUGUGCUGUGUCACAAACCGUGCCAGUCUGUAAAUAUAGCAGUUCAAUCUUCCUUAUUGCUGAUCAUCAGGACGUGCAGGAAGACUUUCCUUGUUUCCUUGAGUUGUUCUGCAUGUGUUCUAUCUCUGUCAAUAAAAUCUGU